AUGACAAAAAACGUUUUUAUUAAAUUAAAGAAAGAAAAUAGAGGGAAAAAACAAAUGAAGAUGAAUGAAGAGAAGAAGAUGAAUGAAAGCAAAUUCCACACCAUGCCUAAUACGGAAACUUAUGCAUCAAGACACGACUCGUCCGCGUCUUUUGAAGUACUCUUUGUGACCAGCGGGUCCUUUAAAACAACGGGGUCUCUGUGCUGCGGGUUGUCUGAUAUCGGUCGUGGGCCCUGUUCAGCGCUCAGCCAGGCAGUGCCAAGCAACAGUUUCUAUUGUCCUGGCGAGCGCCAGAUAAGACCACAGCCAUGGAUGCUUACGCACUUGUAG